AAGAUCUUAUAAAUGAAAAAGAUCAAAAAAUAAAUGUUAUUGACCAAAGUAUAAAAAAUCAAAAAGGAAUCAGAAGUCAAUCAAAGUGGUGUAAAAAAUGUAAUACAAUCAACAUUGAUAAUAAAAAAUGUACAUGUCUUAAAUGUAAUGAGAAAUUAAAAAUAUUAGCUACUUUACAUGCAGAAUCUGCUGAGGAACUUGAAUGA